AUGACUCAGCAAGGUGUCAUCUCUGUUCUACCGGAACACCGUUACGAGCUACACACCACUCGGACUCCACUCUUCCUCGGACUCGACGUUCACAGCGCAAAUCUAUUCCCCGAAAACGGCGCAUCGAGCGACGACGUCGUCGGGUUCUCGACACCGGUGUUUGGCCAGAGAGAAAAAGCUUCUCCGACGAAGGAUUCACUAAUCGGAGCCAGAUUCUUCGCUCGAGGCUCCAAAGCAACGAUGGGACCAGUCGACGAAUCUAAAGAAUACGACGGACACAGAACUCACACGUCAUCAACCGCAGCUGGAUCCAUCGUGGAAGGCGCUAGCCUCUUAGGCUUCGCUAACGGAACGGCUCGAGGUAUGGCUUUGCUAACCUCGUCUCCAGCUGAGAAUGACAGUUUCCUCGACAACGUGUUAAGUCGAAUCCAGAUUCAAUAG